CUCGCACCAUCGGAAUUAGUUCAUACACAUGACCUGCUUCACUGCUGCUUCUCACACUGACUGCUUUCCCUUUUAGUUCCGGGAAGCACCACGAGGUUUAUUCUUGCACGUCUUGAUCAUUUCACUAGUGUGAGUGUGAGUGGAUGUGUGGAUGUGUGCACACUUACUGUAAAGCGCUCUGCCGCAGCGCUCGCGCUCAUUACUAAUCUCUUUAACGCUACAACAAGCAUCGGAGGAGAAGAUACAAGAUAACAUCAGGGUGGAAAAAAAUCCCAUGGAAGGGUAUCUGUGAGAAUGAACCUCAGUGGCUAAAACAGGGGGUACGGUCUACUAGAAAUAAUCUGUCAUACCGAACAUGUCUGACGAUUCGAUCAACUGCACUAUCAACCACAAAAUUCACCAGUACCUCUUUUCCGGCACCUACAUCCUGGUUUUACUGGUGGGAUUUCCUACCAAUGCCUACUCUCUGUACCAUGCCUGGCUUCAGAUAAGGGCUCGCAAUGAGUUGGGGGUCUACCUGCUUAACCUGACUGUGUCUGACCUCCUGUACCUGGCCUCUCUGCCUGUUUGGCUGCAGUACAUCUUUUAUGGAGAUAACUGGAUUUACAGUGAGUGGGCCUGCAAAGUGUGUGGCUUUCUGCUGUAUGACAACAUCUACAUCAGCAUAGGCUUUCUGUGCUGUAUCUCGAUAGACCGUUAUCUGGCUGUGGUCUAUCCCCUCCGCUUCUCCUCACUUCGCACCAUGAAAGCAGCAGCAGUAGUCAGUACCAUAGUGUGGCUUAAGGAACUUGCCGUAGGUAUCGUCUUUUUCCAACACAAGGAGCUGAGCCGCGACAAGACUAAUGAAUUGGUGUGCUUCGAGCACUAUCCCAUGCAGACUUGGGAGAAGCCAAUAAACUACUACCGUUUCUACGUGGGCUUUUUGUUUCCGUUAGGAAUCCUGUCCAUCUCAUAUUUUCGGGUCCUACGGGCUGUUGGCAAGAGCGCAGGGACGCAGACUGCCCAGAAAAAACGCAUCAAAAGCCUGGUCACCAUCACCAUCAUCAUCUUCCUGGUGUGCUUUUCGCCAUACCACAUCUUUCUGCUGGUGCGGACGCGGCUGGAGACCGAAUGUUCGUUUGUUGAGAAGAUUUUUAACUAUUACCACUUCUCGCUCUUGCUCACUAGUUUAAAUUGCAUAGCUGACCCAGCACUCUAUUGCUUUGUCAGUGAAAGUGUCCAGUACAGCAUCCAACAAGCUGCAGAGGCUUGUGCCCACGUUCUCUGCUGCUGCUGCUCCAAACGCGAGAGCACCUACAACAUGGACUCCAUACAACAGGAAGCAGCAGCACCUACUUACAAUGGCACAGGCACCUCUGUGAACAAACUGCUGCAGCAAACCAAAGUGUAACUUCAGAAGAGUUCUUUAGGAGAUUUUAAUCAAUUUCCUUUGAAAUGUGGCUUGAUAAUUUGAUAAUAAGGGAAAGCAUGUUAUUUCUGUGUAUUACAGUAUACUGUGCUGAUGCCUUAUUGAGGCUAUAUGCUUUAUUUUGUCUAUGUUUUAUUUAAUGUUUUUAUACCAAGUUUAAUGACGUGUAUUUCUCAGGGACUUUCACUGCUGGUUAAUAUUCAAGUUUUGAGGGAGGAUUUAGAUUUUAAAGGCUAGACCAGGCCAGUUGAUAAAGUCUACAGAGUUCCCUCAGUGUAACUAACAUGAACUGUUCUCAGCAGAAAGACAGUGGUGAGAUAUGUUUCUCAUUUACAAUAAGUUUACAGUCUAGAACGUACUACCUGUUAAUGCAUGUUUUGAAAUAUAUGCAUUGUAUUCUAUGUACAAAGGAAAUUCUCAUUUUUAGAUCAGGUAUACUGUAUUUCAUUUUUAUUCUCCAUUUUCUAAUAUUAAGGGAAUAUAGUGGCUUAGCGGUUAGCAUGUUUGCCUCACACCUCCAGCAUUGGGGGCGUGAUUCCUGCAUCCACCCCCUGUGCAAAGAGUUUGUAAGUUCUCCCGCUUCUCUCUCCCAGUCUUAAGACAUACAUUGUAGGCUGAUAUGCAUCUCUAAAAUUGUCUGUAGUGUGUCAGUGUAUGAUAGUGCAUUGGAUAUUUUGGAACCACAUCCACAGUGUCCUUGCCAUGUGCCCCAAGUCUCCUGGGAUAAACUUCAGACACAACACAACACACAAAGUAAGAUUUACUGUACAGAAAAUGGAUCGAUUUUAAAUAUAUAUGUUUACUGUGGUACUCAGGCAUCAGAAAAUAUUCUCUCAGUGUGUUAAUCUACAAUAUUUACAACCACUGAAAUUUACAAUACAUUUCUUAGUAGACGCUGUCACAUAUACAGAAUGUGCAUUAAAGAGUGUGUCUGUCAGUAAC